AUGGACACUCACGAUCCAAUUUACACUCCUUUCACGGAUCGACCCCUUGCACACAACGCAACAGCACGUGUGUUUCAUAGUAACCAGAGUCUCGUGCUGCAGAAGGUGACGAGGUACAGCAGUGGAAGAUACGCCUGCUCUGCACUCAAUGCUGAAGGGGAGACUGUCUCCAAUGAGCUGCACUUUAGAGUAAAAUACGCUCCUUCAUGCCGUACUGGUAGUACUACUGGUGUAUCAGUGGUAGGGGCUGCAAGAGGAGAGUCAGUAGUGAUCGUAUGCGAGGUGGACGCGGAUCCACCGGCUGCAGUUUUCAAAUGGAAGUUCAAUAACUCUGGUGAAACGAUAGACGUUGCUGCGGACCGAUAUACAUCAAACGGGAGCGCGUCUAGUCUCAAAUACACACCAGUAGCAGACCUGGACUAUGGCACGUUAUCAUGUUCAGCGUCCAAUGAAGUGGGUAACCAGCUGACGCCUUGCGUUUUCCAAAUGGUUGCAGCGGGCAAGCCCCAUGCACCGAGGAAUUGUACAUUGUGGAAUCAAACAUCAGAUUCCGUCGAAGUGUCCUGUGUGGCUGGCUUUGAUGGGGGCCUGCCGCAGCAUUUUCUACUCGAAGUCUAUUCAGGAAACGAGGGGAAACCCAGAUGCAUACCGGAAACUAAUGUGAAGAUAGACUGGUUAUAUGAUGAGAGAAAAGAAGCUAAAACGGAACAGCAUCGUAACGGAGUGGUACCCAUGAAGGGGAUAGAGAGCAUAAGAGGAUGGCAGGUCAAAUUAUUAUCAUGCGAUAGUCAUAUUUUGACUACAUAUGUAACUGUAAUACCAGCAGGGCAGCAGACACCUAACAGGACGCGAUCUUCAGCAAUGAAGACUAAGACAGAAGAUAUAACUGUACAAAUAAAUCUGACAUCUGAUGAGCCAAUGUGGACGGUACGGAGUCUCGAGUGGGACGUUCGUUUUCGUCUCGUAGCAGCAGCUGUCAAUAGCAAGGGUCGGUCCCCGCCCACGCCCCUCGAAGAUGUACUAUUCAGAGACCCUGAGAAGAGGACGGGUAUGUACUUGUUUAAGUUGCAAAAUAAUUUUUGA